AUGGCUUCAAAGCCACGUGCUGGAAGUAGCAGCAGUGGAAAUAGUGAGACAGAUGCAAAGACUGUAUUGCCUGCCGAUCACCUAAUGUUUCGUCUCUUGGGUGACUUUAAAGAACAUACCAAAGUUAAAAUAGAUAUAUUUAUAAGAGAUGAUAAAAUUAGAAUAGAAGAUUUCUUUGAUGGAUCAGAUGCAAAGACAUUUAAUAAUGUGUUGGAAGGAUUGUCAGAAGUAUCUAAAUAUUAUUUGAAUUUGAUCGCGAAUGCAUUGUUGCAAUGGAGAUCGUCGCAACAUGUCAUUCCGGCCAAGAGUAUUAGCAAGCCUAAACUAGACGGCUCCGACACUAAAAAGGAUUCCAUCACACCAUUGGUCGACGAACGAUACAAGUUGAUUGUCGACUAUAUCUUUUGUAUAUCGUUACUGACCAUUCUCAACUCUCUCACCAAACACAACCUCAACGAUCAGAUUGGCACACAAAUCGAAUCAAUAUGCUUUGACAACUUUAAACUCGAGCGACGUGCUGCCUCUCCCAUCAUUCCCGAUCUCUGUGCAUCCAUUCUUGGACAACUCUCAAAGUAUCGUCUGCGUAGUGUAUCCACUCGAUUCUUUAAAGAGUUUCAAUUAUGUCAAAGUACAAAUACUUUAAAAGCAAAAGCUUUACCAAUUGUACAAGGUAUUAGAUUUUUUAAAGUAAAGAUAUCAUCAAAUAACAAAUUAAAACAAUCAUUGGAAUUCUUAUCAUCAUAUUUGGAGUUUUUUAAAAAUUCAAGAAUCAAAGGUGAUUUGAGAAGAGCCAUUUGUGAAGUAUUGGCCAGUAUAUUGAGACCAUUGACAGAGGAGAAAUUCGCACCCGAUGUACUCUAUGCUGAUUGGGUCAAUUGUGUAAAGGAAAUGUACGAUUUUAUUUCAAGAAAAACAAAAAAAACAAAGGAUAUUUUAACAUCAUAUCCAUUAUUAACAAUAUUAUUAUGUUGUGGAGAUAAAGAUUUCUUUAUAAAGAAUUUUUGGGGAUUAAUGGAUAGUUUUAUAAAGAUUAAAGACAAGCAGAUUAGACCAUUUUCAUUAGAGUCUAGUCAAUAUUUAUUAGAGUGCUAUCUUUCAAAGUACUCGGAGCAACCCGAAGAGGUACACGAACGAUUGCACCAGGUGGUAUCACACGUCUUCCCAACUGGUCACUCGAAAAAGCUGACGAUUGGCACAAACGAUUCGUUGGAUGUAUUUAUAGACAUUAUUUGCGUCAUUGGCAAUUCGCGUAUCGACUUUGCCUUUGAAAAGAUUAUUUUUGAUUUGUUGCGUGGCGGUGACCCCAAAGACAUCUACAUCACGACGCCCGAGCAUCUUGCAGGCACUCGACAGCACGUUUGGACAGUUGUUGCAGUCGAACCAGACCAAACCACUCAGCGAACUGCUCGAAAAGUUGCGUCCACCCGGCGCAUCGUGUAUCGAGCUGCUCAAGAUUGCCAUCUCGGUCAUUCCCAUCGCCUUUCCAGCCAAGUUGACUGUUGCCGAACUCGUCUACAUGCUCUCCAAGUAUUUGAUCCAUUUGGACAAGGGUGUAUGUGA